CCACUUCCGGUGUUCACUUCCGGGUUGGUGUGAACAGGCAGAGCCGCAGGGUGAGGUCCGUCUGCGGUUCCGGCUCCAAAACAUGGACAAACACCCUGAAAACCUGCCGGAGUCCUGGAGCUGAGGAGGUUCAGAGUCUGUCCGUGAACCGGCACCGGCGGAACUGAAUUUACCAAGCCCGUUUUUAGACCGAAGUGUCCCCGCUCCGGUGUGUUAGCAUUAGCAUUAGCCGCUAGCCCCGGUGGCUAACAGGGUUAGCAGUGCACCUGUCACCGGCUUUUGGGUCUGUUCGGACCCGGUUCGGGUUGAAGCCCAUCUCCCGGUGCAGUGAACCCGGGCCAAGCAGCCCGAACCUCCUGUUUCCGGGUGGUUCUGUCCGGUGGGGGUGACACCGAGCCGCUGAAGGGACACAAAGGCGGACAAAGAGGAUGGCGUAGCCGGACAUGUGAGCUGGAGCUGGGCUUGGGUCCGAACUGUGAACGCCCCCCCCCCCCCCCCCCGGAGACCCGGACCAGAUCCGAACCAUGGCGUCCUCUAAAGCCAAGGCCGGACCUGGACCAGGAGAUGGACUCAAAGAAGGGAAGGGCAGCGCCGGAGACUCCGCGGGGGAAGCGGCACCGAACAGCCGCAGUUACCGACUGGAGGAGCUGGAGACCAAGGCCACAGUGGGUACCGGGACAUUCGGUCGGGUCUUCCUGGUCCAGGACAAACAGAACCGGUCCUUCUACGCUCUGAAGCAGAUGAAGAUCCAGGAUGUGAUCCGGCUGAAGCAGGAGCAGCACGUCCACAACGAGAAGGAGGUCCUGAGCCAGGUCCAGCACCCCUUCCUGAUCCGCCUGUUCUGGACCCACCAUGAUGACCACUUCCUGUACAUGCUGAUGGACUUCGUCUGCGGUGGUGAACUGUUCAGUUACCUGCGCAGCCGCGGUCGCUUCAGUAACUGCACCGGAAUGUUCUACAGCGCAGAGAUCGUCUGCGCCAUUGAGUACCUGCACUCCAAGAACAUCGUCUACAGAGACCUGAAACCAGAGAACAUCCUGUUGGACAGGGAGGGGCACAUCCGACUGACCGACUUUGGCUUCGCCAAGAAACUGUCUGACAGGACCUGGACUCUGUGUGGGACCCCUGAGUACCUGGCCCCAGAGGUGAUCCAGAGUAAGGGCCAUGGCCGUGCAGUGGACUGGUGGGCCCUGGGGAUCCUGGUCUUCGAGAUGUUAGCAGGGUACCCUCCGUUCUUCGAUGAUAACCCCUUUGGGAUCUACCAGAAGAUCCUGGCUGGAAAACUGGAGUUCCCACGACACCUGGACUUCUACGUCAAAGACCUCAUCAAGAAGUUCCUGGUGAUAGACCGAGCCCGUCGCCUCGGCAACAUGAAGAACGGAGCUGAUGAUGUCAAGAGACACCGAUGGUUCAAGACUGUGGACUGGGACGGGGUUCCACUGAGGAGACUGAAGCCCCCCAUCAUCCCUAAAGUGUCCCACGACGGAGACACGUCCAACUUUGACGUCUACCCAGAGGACGACUGGAAGAAGGACGCACCUGUGGCCCAGAAGGACCUGGACCUGUUCAAGACCUUCUGAUCCACCUGGAAGAAGGACCCACCUGUGGCCCAGAAUGACCUGGACUAGUUCAAGACCUUCUGAUCCACCUGGAUGAAGGACCCACCUGUGGCCCAGAAGGACCUGGACCUGUUCAAGAACUUGUAAUCCGUCCUCCAGUCCAUCUGGGUCUGGGACUAGGACAUGGUUUAGGUCCGGGUCCAGGUACCAGACGCUGUGACAUGUAUCAUACCACAGAGAUCUGGGUCCAGGUCUAGGUCCAGGUCCAGGUGUAGGUCCGGGUCUAGGUCCUGGUCCGGGUCCAGGUCCCAGACUCUAUGACCUGUUUCCUUCUGCACAGAUGUUUGUAUUUGUUUGUUUUUAUUUAUCAGCUGUUUGUGUUGUUUCUGUUUUCAUGAUUAUUAUGCAAAAAACAAAUGACUGUUACUGUGAUCAGCUGUUUGGACAGUUGAUCAGCUGUUUUUGAUCAGCUGUUUGGACGUUGAUCAGCUGUUUGGACAGUUGAUCAGCUGUUUGGACGUUGAUCAGCUGUUUUUGAUCAGCUGUUUAGACAGUUGAUCAGCUGUUUGGACGUUGAUCAGCUGUUUUUGAUCAGCUGUUUGGACGUUGAUCAGCUGUUUGGACGUUGAUCAGCUGUUUUUGAUCAGCUGUUUGGACGUUGAUCAGCUGUUUGGAUGAUGAUCAGCUGUUUUCUAUGUUUUUAAAUUUUUUUUAACUGGACCUGUUUUUACUGAACUGAACCAGACCAGGAGGACACGGGUCCGGGUCCUGGUCCCGGCCCUGGUCCCGGUCUUGGUCCUGGCCCUGGUGCUAUUCCUGGCCGUGGUCGUGGUCCUGGUCCCGGCCCUGGCCCCGGUACUGGUCCUGGCCCUGGCCCUGGUCCAGGUCCUGGUGCUAUUCCUGGCCCCUUUCUUGGUCCUGGUCUCAGUCCUGGUCGUGGCCCCAGCCUCUGUCCCAGCCCUGGCUCUGGUCCUGGCCCUGGUACCGGUCCUGGUCUUGGUCCCGGUCCUGGUGCUAUUCCUGGCCCCUUUUUUGGUCCUGGUCUCAGUCCUGGUCCUGGCCCCAGCCUCUGUCCCGGCCGUGGUCCUUUUCCUGGCCCUGGUCCCGGCCCCGGUCCCGGCCCUGGUCCCGGUCCUGGCGCUG